AUGUCCAACAAUACAAACGUUGAAGUAACUCACAAAGAGUUUAUUGAUUUACGCAUUCCCAUGCCCUGGGGUUAUGUUGUGGGUCGCUGGUAUGGCAAUCGUAAAGUACGACCCAUAUUAGCCCUACAUGGUUGGCUGGAUAAUAUGGGCACAUGGAAUACACUAAUACCACUGCUACCGGAUCAUAUUGGCAUUCUUUGCAUCGACUUACCCGGACAUGGUUUGUCACCGAAACUUCCACGUGGUAUUGUCUACCAUGCUGUUGACUACGUGUGUGUCAUAUUGCGCAUCAUGGAGGAAUACGAAUGGCAGAAGGUCUCCAUAAUGGCCCAUUCGAUGAGUUCUAUGAUCUCAUUUAUAUUCGCCUCACUCUACUCGGACCGUUUGGAUAUGUUGAUUAGCAUUGAUAUUGUGCGAACACGCUACAGAAGACCCAGUACACAAAUCGAUUUUAUACGGAACAAUAUUGAAAAAUAUCUCAUCGAAGAUGAUCGCUUGCAGUUGGCCAAUCAAAUGGAACCACCUUCGUAUACACGUGAACAACUCCUACAGAUAAUGUACGAAGGCACAAAUCGUUCGGUGACCCUGGAAAAUUGUUCUCACAUUUUAGAACGUAACAUAACCAAAUCCACCAAAUACCCCGACAAGUAUUAUUUUUCGCGAGAUGGCCGAGUUAAGUAUUAUUUCGAGUUCACAACUUCGCCACCGUUUGCCGCAGAACUAGCCCGUCGUAUACACAAUGUACCUUAUUGUGUAAUCAAAGGAUCUCAAUCGAACUUCAUUGAUGAGCAGAGUAAUGAGGUCAUUGAGAUACUGAAAAGUAAUAAUCCUCACUUUGAAUUGCACGAGAUCGAGGGUACACAUCACGUGCACUUAAAUAAUCCUCAGGCCGUAGCUGCGGUAUUGACGCCAUUUAUUAAUCGCCACCGACCACCGAUGGUAGAAACCUGGUCACUGAGAGAAGAUCAAGAAGACAUCGAUGAGGUGCAACAACAAAAGGAUGUCAAGUCCAAAAAGAGAAAAAGUAAAUUAUGA